CAUAUUAGUUUUUCACAUUUUCAUACCAGGAAAUAUUCUCGCCCUUUUUCUAAGUUGAUGCCUGUUUUCUGACUGAAAGGAAAUAAGUGAAAUCUUCCAGGGAUCAAAAUGGAAAAGCUAAUCCCUCUGAUGCAAAGAUCUUGAAUGUAUAAUAUCCACCUGACACAUACGCUGGAAUAACUGACACCACAGCUCAUCCUGAUGGGCUGUCUUAACCUCACCAACAGAAAUGAGACUUUGCACAAUUGGCACCCUUAUACUGUGCAGAUCUCAGUGGCUGUAACAAUUCUUGUAGUUAUCCUCUUCCUCUUAAUUAUAUUUGGCAAUGUCAUGGUGGUGAUUUCUGUAAUGACAAGCAGAGCCCUGAGGGCACCUCAGAACUUGUUUUUGGUGUCUCUGGCAUGUGCAGACAUCCUGGUGGCCACCUCAGUGAUGCCAUUCUCCUUAGCGAAUGAACUGAUGGGCUACUGGGUUUUUGGUAAAGUGUGGUGUGAAAUCUACCUGGCGCUGGAUGUCCUCUUCUGCACCUCAUCCAUCGUCCACCUGUGUGCCAUCAGCCUGGACAGAUACUGGUCUGUCACUCAAGCCAUCGAGUACAACCUGAGAAGGACACCGCGCAGGAUUAAAUGUAAGAUCUUCAUCGUUUGGGUGCUGGCGGCCAUCAUAUCAUUCCCUCCGCUGAUCACAAUGAUAAAGGACGAGGGUAGAAAGGAAAGCCCUGAAUGCAAAAUUAAUGAGGAGAAGUGGUACAUCAUCUUCUCCAGCACUGCCUCUUUCUUUGCACCCUGCGUCAUCAUGAUCAUGGUUUAUGUCAGAAUCUACCAGGUCGCCAAAAGACGAACAAGAGCCCCACCGGGAGAAAGACACAACAAGUAUGGCAACACAGAGAGAAGAGAUGGAGAGGAGGAGGUCAACGGGCAAGAGGUGGAGGAAGAACCCUCCUCGUCUGACGGCAAUGAAACGAUGCUUUGUUCUAUGAAGAGGAAGAAGGGCAUCAUGACAACCAAAGGGGCUCAGGUGAAGCCGGGACAAGCCUCUCCGAAGCCCGAGGCGCCGCAGUGUGUGAAAGCGAGCAAGUGGAAGGGGAGGCAGUACAGAGAGAGGCGCUUCACGUUUGUUCUGGCUGUGGUUAUGGGAGUGUUUGUUCUCUGCUGGUUCCCUUUUUUCUUCACAUACUCACUCACUGCUGUGUGUGACACCUGCUGUGUGCCAGAGACACUGUUUAAAAUGUUUUUCUGGUUUGGUUACUGCAACAGCUCGCUAAACCCUAUAAUAUAUACUGUGUUCAAUAAUGACUUCAGGAGGUCCUUUAAGAAGAUACUGUGUAAGAGGGAAAGAAGAGUUCAAUGAAGAUGAAGCAUGCCAAAAAGGCUUUUUACUC